AUGGCGAUGACCGUAUCAAACGAAUGUCCAGACCUGGAGAAGGAAGCGAAUCAGCAGCCACAGGAGGGCAACCGUCAGACGGAAGCAGAUGCCGAAUCGCGCGACUCAAAUGACAGCGGCAACGAGCUCUCGAUGGGCGGCAGCAGCAGUGAAGGUGAGCAGCAGCACCCAUUGUCCGCGCACUUCGGAUUACCCUUUCUGUCUGCAAAUAGCUUGCUAACGGCCAAAAUAUUGUCUACUUAGUUUUUUCUUAAGAAUUAUACUUUUGUUCUCAAAGAAAUUGUCUCGAAAAACAAUAGUUCUUUUUACCAAGGUCUGUUUGUUUCAGGGGACUCGAUGUCUCAACAUCGCAUCGACCACUCGAAUCAACAGGACAGCUUGCUCGGACCAAUUCCACAAAGCUCCGGAACCAGUGCCUUCCAGACAUUCUCCGGACCGGAUCUAUCUCCGCCUUACAAGGCAAUCGCUGGCUCGCUGUUCGACACUCCGCCGUCGAUGCUCCAAUCGCCGCAGCAGUUCCACGCCUUCUCGCCGUGUGGAUUCGGGAUUGGAGGCCAACAGGACUCAUUCCGAUGCGCCGUUUGUUUCAAGAACUCGCGUCUCGGAGUCUUGCAGUUCGUCUGUGCACACAAGUGAGUGCAUCUACCUGAAAAUAAACUCUCAUUUAUGAAUUUCAGAACUUGUCAGUCCUGCUGCCAGAGAACUCCCUCCAACUUCGACCAGCGAACUGGUACAGUAGCCCGGGAAAUAUCAUCACUGACCUGUUCAUUUUCAGCAUGCAGUAUUUGUGGAUCGGGAUCAGCUACUGCCGCCAACUUCCCGCCUCAGAUGUUCCUGUCGCCAACUCUGACGACUCCACCGCACGGAGGAUUGUUGCUGGACACGGCGAACAGAUCGGUCAAUGGUAAGAAUGAAUUCGUCGUCACAGAUUACUUCUCAUUUCCAGCCACACCACAACACCCGGCUCGUGCCUUCUCCUUCUCACUUGGUGGAAUGCCUGGAUCACCGUCGCCAGGGAUUCCUCGCAUGUCGACUCCUACCUCGACAAGUCUUGCAUUGCGUCAGUUCCCGCAGCUGGGACUCGGUGAUCUGGAUAGUUCUCCGCCUCCAAUGUGGUCCCCGUUACAACCGCCUCCGAAUCUUUCCAUCAAAGGAUUGGCCAGUCUCAACCCGCACUCUCCAAUGAUCCCGGCUUUCGACUCGUUGACUGUGGUCAGUUUCUUCCCGUUUUUCGUAAUAAAAACGACGCGUGUGUUUUUGUUUUGAUCGUAGUUUCUAAAACCUACUAAGUGGCUCUCAUCAGAAUAAAUUGGCUCUCAUAAAAUUCCUACACUUUCCAGAACGACGACACUCCGGUGUUUUCUCCACUGUCUCCAACAAACACGUCUACGAUCAUGCCACCGUCUCUAAUGGCUAAUCAGGAGCCGCCAAAGCAUUCUGCCACCAUUGCUCCGCCCCGCACGUCGCUCUCCUUGACUCCACGUCAUCCGCUGCCCACCACUCAAUCGUCGACCAUGAUGAAUUCGCCGGUUCUUAUGACGACGACGCCGCCGCAGCAGUUUUCUGUGCCACCGCCGUCGCAGCCGCUCGCUCCGAUUCAGUGCCAGGGAUGCGACGCUAACAUGUAAGUCUCGCCCGUUCUCUUUCCGCUCCAGAGAUGGGCGCCGAUUGGCGUCGCGACGACAACUUUCGAAUCAAAAGUUGCAUGUCCGCAAUUUUGCGUGAGGUGCACCCGCGUUAAAUGUUCACACUUGAUUGCGUACUGUAACUUUUCCCUCGAAAAUUUCGAGGGAAUAGUUGCAUUCGACCACACCGCGCCCAUCUCUGUUCCGCUCUCGCAUUAUAAUCGCGUGCCCGGCACUCGGAACGCUAGCCGACCCUUCUCAAUUUCCAUAUUGCAGGUCGUACGCCUUUUGCAUCCAGUGCCAGGAGGCUCUGUGUGCUCAUUGCGUGCAGGCACAUCAACGAGUUCGGGCCACGAAGACACACGGAUUCGUGGAGCUCAAUCAGCUGGUCGCCAACUUGGUGAGUACCUUUUUCGCCGCGGCAAUUAUUCUGCGGGGAGACGGACGAAAGAAUAGCUGCACAUUUUUCAUGAGCAUCAUGUGAACGGAGAUCCCGCAUCCGUCAUUUCCGUUUUUGUCUCGCAUCACUGCUCCGGGGAGUCAAUCCGGAUUGAACAUUGUACACAUUUCAAAUGGAACGACAGCUCUUCUGUUCUCCUUUUUCUUUUUCAAUCAGGCGUACUAUUCACUUGUCGCCGGCUCUUUUCUCUCCGUUUCUAAUAGUGUAACGUGCUUGUAGCAAAACGCUGCUUUUAUCAUUCGCUAUCAGUGAGAAGUCUUAAAUUAAGUUAGAAAAACAAACCGGUUUCUCUCUCCCACACUAUUUUCGCAUGGCAACAGUUUCCUACUUCUCGGCACGUGCCCUUCUUUUUCGCCGUUCGCUUUCCCGUCUCCAUAAUUCACUGCAGCCGACGGACCUAUUGAGGCCUUUGGCAAGAGGUGUCCAGCUUUCCCUUCCCCCAGUUUGCGCACUGCGAGAGCAGCACUAUAGUGCGUGUGUGCUCCAAAAGCCAGAUAUAUAGACGGGUCUUCUGAUGAUGCAUCCAUUUGUUACCCCAUUAUUUCUUGCCUUUUCUUUCUUGAAAACGACAAUGAGAUGAUUGCCUUCCAACUACAUUUGCAUAAUAUUCAGAUGAGCCGCGCUCAAGCUCAGCAGUCGCAGUUCUUCCCGGAAGGAGCAUCUCGACAAGCUCUCGGAUCCGCUGGAAGCGCAGAUGGUAAACCGUCGAAUCUAUGAGAGCAACCUUCAACUCCUUAGUCUUAUUUGCAGGACAUGCUUCUGGAUUGGAGAACGAGUCGGUGAGCGGAGAUUCUUCGCCUCGGUCCUCUUCGGUCUGCAGUGCUCACGAGUCCCCGAUCGUCGGAAUCUGCGAGCAUUGUCCGCAGACGGUCUCGUUGUGCGCGAUCUGUGUAGCUCAACAUCCGAGCAAACACCGUGUUCAGCCAGUCGGAGACAUUCGGAUUGCCGUCGGAGAACUGGCAAACGAGAGCCAGUUGCUGCAAUGGCAAUGCGAGAAGACGGGAGAAACGAUCAAGAGAAUAAUCGAGGGAAUUGUCGCCAACGCAACGGUAUUCUACAGAACUAGUAGAAAGAAAGAGUUAGUAUUUCUGUUCAGACUGCCGAAAACGAAAUCCUAACUGCUUUCGAUUCACACGCGACUGCUCUGGAAGAGAGACGCAAGGAACUACUCAAAAGGUAUAGCAGAUAUGGAAGACGUUGAAAAAUUAAUUGAUUUACAGAGUGGAAACUGUCAAAAGUCUGAAGCUGUCGGUGCUGAUUUCGCAGGCGGAUAAUUUGAAAUCAAAGCAAUUCGAUCUUCAAGAAGCCGUGCAGACUGCCAAAUCGUCGCUGGAGAACAGCGAUAUCGACGAAUCGGUGCUCCGUCAAGUGUUCGAGCAGCUCGCUUCGUGCCAGAUGUGCGGAAGCUCGAGCAACAGAUCAGUCGAGACGAACAACAACAUGCUCAAUGUUCUGAUGCUCGCGUGUCAGGUGAACGAAGACGAUCGGCUCAAGUUCAUUGCUCCACAGGACGGAACACUUUUGAACAAAGUGCGUCAGUUCGGAAGCAUCGAAAGUGGACCGUGUGCCAAGAACAGUUCGAUCGUCGGCGAUUCGUUCAAGAAGUAACCGUUUUCUUAUAUGCUUCUCCUUAUCUCUCACUUUUCAGGGCAAUUCGGGAACGUCAGACAGUCGUCUACGUGCAACUUCGUGAUGCUUGCGGAGAUCUUCUGUCCUCUUCGAUCGCAGCCACUCAACCGACUUCUGGAGCACUUCUGCCACAUCAAGUUCCUCAUUCUCAUUUGGAACAGGCAAUCCCAACAGCUGAUGUGCAGGCAUUUGUGAUCUCUCCGAACGGAACACCAUUGGAAGUCGGAAUGCAGUGAGUGAACUUAGGAACGUUCUCCUCGGAGAAAAAGGGAAUGAAAAAAAGGGGUGUCGCCGAUUCGAAUCGAAACCGCGCCGCCCUCUUUUCACAAGCCACCCGCGCUGUUUUGUUGCCUUUUUGGCGCCUUUUUUCUCUGAGUCAUGGAAAUCAUGUUUUCUUACAGACCUCGUGAGAACGGCAUCGUCGCCUUUACCUACUUCCCAUCCUCCGAAGGAUCCUACAUUCUGAACGUUCUCGUCAAAGGAACUCCGAUCAGUGGAUGUCCGACGACGAUGGAAGUUCGACGCGGAAGGAAUUACGAUGAAAUCGCCGCAAAAGGACCCAUAAUGACGUUCGGAAAGGAAGGAAGUGGCGAUGGAGAACUGUGUCGUCCGUGGGGAAUCUGCGUCGACCAGAGGGGCCGUGUACUCGUCGCCGAUCGCAGUAACAACCGUAUCCAGAUAUUCGACAAGGACGGAAACUUCCUCGCAAAGUUCGGAUCCAGUGGAAACCGUCCCGGAUUGUUCGAUCGCCCCGCCGGAAUCACCACGAACACACAGAACAACAUAAUCGUAGCUGACAAGGACAACCACCGUAUCCAGGUGUUCGACGAAAACGGAAUGUUCCUUCUCAAGUUUGGAGAUCGUGGAAGAGCCGUCGGAUACUUCAACUAUCCGUGGGGAGUCGCCACUAACUCACACAAUGCGAUCGCCGUUUCGGACACUCGCAACCACCGCGUGCAGAUCUUCACUCCUUCGGGACAGUUCGUCAGGAAGUGCGGAUUUGAUUCUGCCUACUUCUUCAAGAAUCUGGACUCGCCACGUGGACUCUGCUAUCUUCCGGACGGACAACUGCUCAUCACGUAAUAUUAUUCGUCCCAUUAAACCAACCGAAACUCCUUUUUCAGUGACUUCAACAACCACCGUCUCGCCGUGCUCUCACCACGCAACAUGUCUGAAAUGAAAGUGUACGGCAGUGAAGGAGACGCCGACGGAAUGUUCGUUCGUCCGCAAGGAGUCGUCAUCGACCCCGAAGGACAUAUUCUCGUCUGUGACUCCCGCAACAACCGCAUCCAAGUGUUCGCUUCCGACGACAUGCGAUUCAUCGGAUCGUUCGGACUUGGGCUCGAAAACGCCGGAUUCCAGAUGCCGACAGAACUGCCUGCUCCGUACUCGGUCAGUUUCCGAUCAAUUGUCCUCAGUUUCAUGGAGUUUUCUUUUCAGUCACUCAGCGGACCGUUCGGAGCGCCCGCAUUCUCUUCUACCCCAGCUCCUCUGACCCCGUCGCCGCGUCAACUGCUCGAUCGACCGACGGACCUCGCAGUGGGACCGGACGGUCGCAUCUACGUCGUCGACUUCGGCAACAACUGCAUUCGUGUCUUCUAG